AUCAGUAGUAGUAGUAGUUAUAACUUAUACCUACUGACAUUUGAAUUUUGUUCCCUCAAAAACAAGGGCUAGAAGCUACACCACCUUUCUUAAAACUUCUUUGGUUUUCUUUUUUUUUUGUUUUUUAUCUCUUCCGCAAACAAAUGACAUUUUAGGGAUGAAAUCAAUGGCUUCAACCAAGAAUGUGACUCUGUACUGUCCUGAGGAUUUGUGCAAGGCAGAGAAGAGAAGUGUUGGGAUGGCAAUGCAGGUUUUGAAGGUGGGUUUUUGUGGGUUGAGAAAUCAUGGAAUGUUGAGACAAAGCAUAGCAAUGAAAGCGAAUACCGGAGGGUACGAAAGUGUAGACUUGAUCAAUGGAAGGAAGGUGAAUGGGAUAAAAAUUGGUGGUGAUGGUGGUGGGGUUGCACAUUUGGGGAGAAAAAGCAGUGAGGUGUUGAAAGAACCGAGCAGCUGGGUUAAUGAGCCAGCGCAUGCUUGGCUGCAAGGGAGGUUUGUGGACAACCGGUUUGUUUAUAGGCAGACCUUUGUUAUUAGGUCUUAUGAAAUUGGACCAGACAAGACUGCCACCAUGGAAACAAUGAUGAAUCUCCUCCAGGAGACGGCUUUGAAUCAUGUGACGGGCUCUGGUCUUGCUGGGAAUGGCUUUGGUGCAACCCGGGAGAUGAGCCUCAGGAAACUCAUUUGGGUUGUCACUCGCAUUCAAGUUCAAGUAGAGAAAUAUAGCUCCUGGGGAGAUGUGGUUGAGAUCGACACCUGGGUUGACGCAGCAGGAAAAAAUGGAAUGCGCAGAGAUUGGAUAAUUCGAGACUACAAUACCCAAAGGAUCAUAACAAGAGCUACAAGCACUUGGGUGAUCAUGAACAGAGAAACAAGAAGGUUGUCUAAGAUCCCUGAUGAAGUGAAAAAAGAGGUUCAGCCCUUCUACCUCCACAGAGUUUCAAUCCCUAUAGCUGAUACUGACAGCGAAAAAAUUGAGAAACUCACCGAUGAAACCACUCAUAGAAUUAGAUCUGGUUUAGCUCCAAGAUGGAGCGAUAUGGACGCCAACCAGCAUGUAAACAAUGUAAAAUACAUUGGAUGGCUUUUGGAGAGUGUACCCAUAGAUGUCUUAGAAGAUUACAAUUUGACAAGCAUGACUUUGGAGUAUCGACGUGAAUGUAGACAGUCCACAGUCCUGGAGUCCUUGACAACCAUGAAACCAAAAAUUGCUGAGUCAAAGAACUGCGCGAUUGAUAGCAACAGAGAUGAAUUGGAAAGCACGCAUUUGCUUCGCAUGCAAGCUGACAAGGCGGAGAUAGUCCGAGCAAGGUCAGUAUGGCAAUCCAAACAGAAAUUCGUCAGCACGAUGUGAUCUCCAACAUGUCCACCUACAAUCCACUUGUGUCUUUAAUUUUGUGUUUUGUUUUAUUCUUAUUGUUUUGGUGUAUAGUAUUUUCUUUCUUGUAUGAUUCUGUGAUUGAGUUGAAGUCUUCAGGCUGUGGUACAUUUCAAAAGUGCAGUUGUUUUUUGACUGCACAUUCUUUAGAGGUUUUGAACUUCUUUCUAGGGAUGGAAAAUUUGCAAGAAAAUGUUAGUCCUUAUAUACUAUUUUGAAUUUAUGUGUGAAUAAGGAAGAAAGCACCAUCCUAUUCAUCAAUCCUUUAAUCUGUUUAUGGUCUUAUAAUUGCCCAUCAUGAG